AUGGUCUCCAGAAAUAUGGCAAUAGUUCUGGUGGUAGCCGGUGUCCUAGGGGCAGCUAUGGCCGGUCCUGUGGCAGCCCCUGGUGGGACCAGCUACAGUGUCAGUAGCUCUGGAUAUGGUGGUUACGGCGGAAAUGGUGGUUAUGGUGGUGGACAUAUCAGCGGUUAUGGAGUAUAUGGCCAACUUGGCGUAUAUGGCAGCGGUUUUGGUGGAUAUGGAGGACCAUAUGGACGAUAUGGUGGUUUUGGCAGAUAUGGCAACAGUUUUGGUGGAUAUGGAGGACCAUAUGGACGAUAUGGUGGUUUUGGCGAAUAUGGCAGCGGUAUUGGUGGAUAUGGAGGUCCAUAUGGACGAUAUGAUGGAUUUGGCAGAUAUGGCAGCAGUUUUGCUGGAAAUGGAGGGCUAUAUGGACGAUACGGUGGUUUGGGUAGAUAUGGUUAUACUGGAGGAUACGGACAUGGAUACGGCCACCAAGGCUAA